AUAUUCCUGUUUUCAGUGAAAUUGGAUCACAUUGGUAGUGCAAUUUAGUCUCUGGGCAGUGUAAGAGAUAACAUAUCUCUGCUAUGGUUUAGUGAUUUGCAUCUUGGUAAAUGGUAAUUUCGGAUCUUAUGUCUCAAAUAUGGCUCAUGUUCCUGUCACUUGUAUGUCCAACAUCAAGAAUGUCACUUGAGUUAUCUACGUGCUAUAUCAAGUGUCGAUUUUUGGCCAUCCUGAUGCUGCACCUUUUUAUAUAUAAAUUUCGGUACUAAUUAUUUAUGACCAUGAAAGUCGGAAUAAUUUUUCCAUCGAGGGAUCGGUGAUCAACCACUGCAUCAUUUCUUUUUGAGAUAUGCCUUUGAUUUCAGAAGCACUUCAAGUGUCUUUUCCCAUUCACCUCAAACUUGGAGUACAAGCUCCUUCAACUAAAGCAAAUAAUAAUUUCACCAUUUCCCUCUUUGCUCUCGAGGAUCAGUUCUUGGCUUUCGAUGAACCUGAAAGCUCAUAAUUUAUAGGAGGCUCCAUUCAGUUAGGUUGUUGUACUUUCGACCUUUUAGUUGAUACUGGAGAGGCUCCAUUAAGUUAGGUUGUUGUAGGUCUGCUUGUUAGUUCAUGCCUUGUCAUCAAAGCAACUUCCUUUGUUGUUGGCCACAACCAAGACUGCUAACAUGUUCUGGUACUGUUAAGUGACCAUCAUUUCUCAAGGCCACACCAGCUACUACAUUUAGUGCAAAGUUUUCCUCUUUGCAAUUGCUCUAACCACAACUUCGUUCCUGAAUAUCUUAUGGCUUGGGAGGUCUUUACUUACACGAUUUCUUUGUGCAUUCGAGUUUAGGAUCUAUUUCAAAGGUCUAACCUUCUGUUAAAUUAGUAUGUAAUUAUCAGGAUAAAGCUCUGCAUCUCUCUCUUGUUUUAUAUAAAAAUGAGAUCAAGAACAUGGUCCAGAUAAGCGAAUCAAAGUGAAGUCCUCUGAAGGUAAAGACAUCUUCCAUGAGGUAGAUUCCAAGGGCCUUACUGGAGCACGGAUGCGUAGCACUGCAAGUCUGCAACCCUUGAUAUAAUCAAUUGGAUGCCUGAAAGGACAUGUGGGUUCAAAAUCAUAAGCUGGAGAACAGAGAUGCUUAACAGAAAUUUUGACAAUGAUGUCAUUGGAUGCCUGUUUGACAGAGACACAUGGGCGACACCACCCCUGAUCAUGGGAUCAAACACUGCAUCGUUACCUGAGUGUGCAGAUACCAGGGAGAACCUGCUGACAUGUUUCAGAGAGAAAUCCGCGGGAGAAGAGAUUACAGAUGCACACGCAGCAAUUAAGAAUGGAGACAGACAAUCAGGAGGCAGCAGCAGGGGAGGAGACGAGGCGGAUUUUGGUCACAUUUCCAACCACCAGCAGGCACCAAAAAGCCUCUUCUUCUAGUGCUUGUGUUUGGUGGAUCUGAAUCACCACCCUUCCUCUGAUCUGCCCUCCCUCCCCUUCUCCUCCCCCUGCUGCGGCUCCGGGCACCGAAGCAGAGGAGGGGCGUCUCCAAUUCCCCAUGGCCACCAAGGUUCUUGACAGGCUCACGGUGGCGGCCUCGCCUCCGGCGCCCGGCGGCGUGCUCCCGCUCACUUUCUUCGACGUCCCGUGGCUCUUCACCGGCCCCGUGGAGCGCGUCUUCUUCUACCCCUACCCGCACACGGCGGAGCAAUUCACCGCCCGCCUCCUGCCGCCCCUCGUGUCCUCCCUCUCCACCGCGCUGCACUGGUUCUACCCGCUGCUCGGCCGCGUCCGCCCGUGCCCGGACGGGGGCGGCGGGUACGAGUUCUUCUCCGCGGGUGGGGAUGCGGGCGAGGGCGUCGAGCUCACCGUCGCUGAGAGCUCCGAUGACUUCGACGAGCUGUCCGGCGGCGCCCCGAGGGAUGUUGCCCGGCUGUACGCGCUGGUGCCGCAGCUUCCCCGGACGGAAGACGGGACCUUCGCUCUCGCGGCGGCGCAGGUCACGGUGUUCGCCGGCCGGGGGAUCGCCGUCGGCGUGUCCAUCCACCACGUGGCCUGUGACGAUUCCAGCUACAUGCACUUCGUGAAGACCUGGGCUGGCCAGUGCCGGGUGGCCGCCGGCGAGGAGUCCGCCGAAGGCGCGCUGCCACCGCCGCCGUUCCUGGACCGUGGCGUGGUCGCCGAUCCCGAGGGACUUGCCGCCAGGACGCUCGACGAAAUGCGUCAACUGGCAGCCAACGCCCCGCCUCCUCCUCCGCCACGGACGGGGCCGCCGCCGAAGCUGGUCAUCGCGUCGUUCGCGCUCACCCGCGACCGCAUCGAUAAGCUGAAGCAGCGCGUCGUCGCCGAGGGCGGCGGGCGCGUCCACUGCUCGGCGUUCACGGUGGCGUGCGCGUUCGCGUGGGCCUGCCUGGCGCGGGUGGACGGCGGGUGCGCGGACGCGGAGCGGCGCGCGCACCUGCUGUUCUCGGUGGAAUGCCGCCGGCGCCUGGCGCCGCCGAUCCCGCAGGAGUACCUUGGCAACUGCCUGCGCCCGUGCUUCGUGGAGGUGGGCCUGGGCGAGCUGCUGGGCGGCGACGGCGUGGUGGCCGCGGCCGCGGCGAUCGGCGCGUCCAUCAGGGCGCUGGACGACGGCGUGCUGGCCGGCGCCGGCGGGUGGUUCCACAAGAUCCUGUCGCUGGUCCCGGAGCGGCCGAUGUCGGUGGGCGGGUCGCCGCGGUACGGCGUGUACGAGACCGACUUGGGGCUCGGCGUGCCGAAGAAGGUGGAGCUGGUGUCCAUCGACAAGACGCCCGGCACGGUGUCGCUGGCGGAGGGGCGCGACGCGCAGGCCGGGAUCGAGAUCGGCGUGGUGCUGCCGGAGGCCGAGAUGGCGCGCUUCAGCUCCUGCUUCUCCGACGGAUUGGAGCAGCUGUGAGCACGGCACGCCUUGGCUUGCAGGUGGUCAGCUAUGGUUUGGUGCUGCUUGUGAAGUUGUUUAUCCGCAUGCAAAUUGCAAUUGCUGGUGGCAUAAUUUGGUGGUUAAGGGAUAGUAGUAAUAUAGAUAAUCGAAAGAAGUGUAUAUGUGAGAAUCUUCGUUGAUUGAUAAACAUGAGUAUGAUCAAAGUGCAGACUGUUGGACAGGCAUAGUUACAGAACUGAAUCAGGUUGGACUGACGAAACCAAUUCUGAACUA